AUGUCUAUGUGUCUAUUUAAUUCAUUUCCAGUCGAAGUAGUUCAUAAUAUUUUUCAUUGUCUAUGGUCACAUGAAAUAUUAUAUGGAUUUGCUCGAUUAAGUUCAUAUAUAGACAAUGUUCUUGUUGACUAUGAUCGAUAUUGGAUAGGUUUAUCAUCUAUAUUUAAACAUCAAUUUGAUCUUAUGUGUGUUCAUAUUCGACUAGAACAAGUUAUCUCUAUAACAAUUGCUAAAAAUAAUGAUACGCAAAAUCAAUCAGAAAUAUUUUUUUUCAAUAUUUGAUGUUCUACAAUUUAUUAACCCUUAAGAGCCGAAUGUCCCUUCCAAUGGACAUUUGAAAAAACACUAUAGAAGACGUAAAAAAAUCGUUGAGGCAUCGACCAAUAUUUUUUUGGACUUUGAUGACCUAAUAGAGUAUAGAGUGAAAAAGAAAUUUCUUAAAAUCGACUGUCAGGGGACGAAGCAGGUUUUGGAAAAUGCAUGAAUUUUUUAAAUGCAAUUUUGUAUUUUGCAAUGUAUGCCUUUUCGUAAAUAUAGCGUGAAUUAGCGUGAAUUUUGGCUUUUCUGAGAGGCACAAAGGCAAGCUACCGAAUGAAACUGUUCCCUAAAUUUUUAAGUUACCUGUUGAUACAUAGUGAUAGCAUGAAGAAAAUGUCCCUUGGAAGGGACAUUCGGUCUUAACGGACCGAAAAGUUUGAGCGAGACUUACAUUGAAACCGAUAGUGUGUAAAUUUUGGGUGUGGGUGCGUGGGCGUGUGGGUGUGGGUGUGUGGGUGUGUGGGUGUGGGUGUGUGGGUGUGUGGGUGUGGGUGUGGGUGUGGGUGUGGGUGUAAGUCUUCUCUUCAUCUUCACCCACACCCCACACCCACCCUACCCACACCCACACUCACACCCACACCCCACACCCACACCUACACCCACACCCUCCAGCCACCCACACCCACACCCUCCAGCCACCCACACCCACACCCACACCCACACCCACACCCACACCC